AUGGAGCUGGAGGAUUUGAUGGUAUCUCUAGAUAUCCAGGAUGAUUACCUGCAUGUUGCUAUAGCACUGUCCUAUCAGUGCUAUCUCAGGUUUGCUACCCUCCAGCAAUACUUUCAGUUUCAGGCCCUACCAUUUGGACUGGCCACAGCUCCCAGAGUAUUCAGCAAAAUUAUGGUGGUAGAACGUCUGUCUGAUAUUAAAUCAGAAGACAUAGAAGGAGGAGAAGUGACUGAUAUAAAGAAAGAAGAUAUAGAGGGAGAAGAAGAGGUGUAUGUGACUGAUAUAAAGGCAGAAGAUAUAGAGGGAGAAGAAGAGACGUAUGUGACUGAUAUAAUGGCAGAAGAUAAUGAGGGAGAAGAAGAGACGUAUGUGACUGAUAUAAAGGCACAAGAUAUAGAGGGAGAAGAAGAGACUUAUGUGACUGAUAUAAAGGCAGAAGAUAUAGAGGGAGAAGAAGAGACGUAUGUGAGGGGUGAUCAGCAGUGUAAGGAGGAGGAAAUCCCUACAGAUAUCAGCACAGAUGGACACACAAGCAGGAAUAUCUCAGAAGGACAUCUAAUGUUAUCCCCAGAUUGUGACAUAAAAGAUAAUGACAGUAUACAGGAUUCUCCAGGAGAUAACCCCAUUACCCCAAUUAUACAUCCAGCUCUAUCAGCUGAUACCUCUGAUCCUGGAAAAUGUUCUCCUGAUCACUCUGAUAUUGGUGCAUCUGUUACAGCUCUGAGAGUAAAUACAGAGUUUCCGUGUUCUAUAGAUGCCAAAUAUGUUACACAGAACACAAAGAUUAUUACCCAUCAUCCAGCUAAGGCAGGUGAGAGGCCACUGAUAUGUUCUGAGUGUGGGAAAUGUUUUACAGACAAAUCAGGUCUUAUUACACAUCAGAGAAAUCACACAGGUGUGAAGCCAUUUUCAUGUUCUGAGUGUGGGAAAUGUUUUGCAUAUAAAUCAGGUCUUAUUACACAUCAGAGAAAUCACACAGGUGUGAAGCCAUUUUCAUGUUCUGAGUGUGGGAAAUGUUUUGCAUUCAAAUCAGAUCUUCUUAGACAUCAGAGAAGUCACACAGGUGAGAAGCCAUUUUCUUGCUCUGAGUGCGGGAAAUGUUUUGCCCGGAACUCACAACUUGUUACACAUCAGCGAAGUCACACAGGUGAGAAUCCAUUUUCAUGUUCUGAGUGUGGGAAAUGUUUUACAUGCAACUCAUAUCUUGUUAUACAUAAGAGAAGUCACACAGGUGAGAGGCCAUUUCCAUGUUCUGAGUGUGAGAAAGGUUUUGCACGGAAAUCACAUCUUCUUACACAUCAGAGAAGUCACACAGGUGAGAAUCCAUUUUCUUGCUCUGAGUGUGGUAAAUGUUUUGUAAGUAAUUCACAUCUUGUUAUACAUCAGAGAGGUCACACAGGUGAGAAGCCAUUUUCUUGCUCUGAGUGUGCGAAAUGUUUUGCACGGAAACCAGAUCUUACUACACAUCAGCGAACUCACACAGGUGAGAAGCCAUUUCCAUGUUCUGAGUGUGGGAAAUGUUUUGCACUCAAAUCAGAUCUUAUUAAACAUGAGAGAAGUCACACAGGUGAGAAGCCAUUUUCUUGCUUUGAGUGUGGGAAAUGUUUUACACAGAAAUCACAACUUGUUAGACAUCAGCGAAGUCACACAGGUGAGAAACCAUUUCUAUGUUCUGAGUGUGGGAAAUGUUUUGCACACAAAUCAGUUCUUAUUAAACAUGAGAGAAGCCACACAAGUGAGAACUCAUUUCCAUGUUCUGAAUGUGGGAAAUGUUUUCCAUACAAAUCAUCUCUUGUUAUACAUGAAAAGUCACACAUGUGACUUCUCUCAUGUCUUGCUCUGAGUGGGGAAAAUGUAUUACACACAAAUCACAUCUUGUUACACAUCAGCGAAGUCACACAG